AUGCCGAAUAGGACACAAUAUAAUUUUCUACGUUUAUGCAAACUAGGGGAAGAAAAAAUAGAUCAGUCCUUUAAACAUGACAAUGAUCUGUCCGAUGAUUAUUUUAGUCAGGUUAAAACGAAGUAUGGAAAAUCGUAUGAAGAUUCAUAUACACGCAGAAAAUUUUUCUGCUAUUUAAAAAAAAGAACAGAAUUUCAUGACUUAAUACAUAAUGACGACAUAGGUAAAUACUUCUAUUAUUGGAUAUACUCUGAUUUAUCAGACAAAGACAAAAAUUAUGACGUAGCGUUAAAUUUAUACACAUAUUUUCUAAAGGCAUAUUCUGCUUACGCUCCUGGCCCGGAUAUAUGUCGAAUUGAUAUGUAUGGAGACAAAGCCAAUAUACUUAAACGAUCGGCUAUAUUAAUAGAACUCAAUGACACACUCAAUGAGAUCUUCAAUAAUGAUUCCAAGGAACCCAACUGUUCUUCUGUAAUACAAUUUUCAAAGCUAUAUAGCCAGCAUGUAGAAGAAUGUCACAAUAAUUACGAUCACCAUUUUUGUGGUGAACUACAGAAAUUUAAACAAAAAUAUGAUGAAAAGAUGAGAACUAUAGAAGAUUGUGACGCACCGUCAAUAUUACCAUCUGCUAUAAAACAUGAUCUUCUCGGUACUAUAAUGAAAGCUGUGAUCACAUUAGCAGCAUUUUCCUAUUCUCUGUUUUUACUAUAUAAGGUUAAAUGA